UGUGCCACUCCGUUGAUGUAAUAAGUUGCAGCACAUUCUUUUACUACAUAUUUUAUGGAUUUUGAUGAUGAAGUCGCUGAACUUGUGAUGUUCUGCAAUUUCCGCGUCGUGUGCAUUUAUGGUAUAUUCAAGCCGAAUGCUCAGCAGGAUAAUGAUGAAUCUACAGACAAAUGUUCCUGCUGGGUGUUUCGAGUGGAAACCCAUCAAACAUCACAAAGUUAUACACUUCACCUGCAGAGUAACACGAUGAUACGUCGUGUUUCAGAGCAAUUUUAAAACCUUAUACCUGCUGUGCUUACAAAAUGUACUCUGCAGAUGGUCAAUACCUACCGUAAAACGAAAACCCKCUCAAAUUAGGUAUUAACAUAAUUAAGUAUCAAUUCGUAAGUAACCAUAGGUAUGUAAAGUAUAUCUUGACAUUAAUUUACUUUUUUUUUAGUUAGUUUUAUUUCGAUAAAAUCUAAAAUGCAAAUGAUCAGCAGUAGCAAAUAAAUAUUUGUAAUUUUUGUGUUUUUAAUCAGAUUUUUGCUAACAAAUUUUAAACGUGUCGUAACUAUAUUUAAUUUUUAGUUUUUAUACUAAUGUUUUUAAUGCUGACUGACCACAGAUUAAUAGGUUAAUAGGUAGCCGAGCUUGCAAGAUGCUAUUUUAGCAGAUGAACAUAAUCUGAAAAUACAUCAACAUACCAAAUGAAGUUCAAUGCUGCUACGUAUAAUAGACCGCUGGUUAUAAAGGGCUCUCCGGAGGAUUAAUUACAUACUAAAGCACAUUAGAACUACCCGUUGGAGAGAGAUAAAAUAAUUUCGAUAGGGUGUUUUUGUCUUCAAAAAUGGGGCUAAAGCCGCUUCUAAAAAAUCCCGGAGGAAAGACAAACGUACCCAAAGUCUUUACUGUGAUAGUUUAUGGUAUAAAACGUAUAAAUCAUUAUGGGAAUCAAUUGAAACCCAAAUUCAAGAAUUAAAUAACGACAUGUUUUCCAAUAUUCUUUGUAAUUUAGUAAACUUUCUUAAAAACAGUUACAAAGAUACAGUGAAUGAAAUCCCAGCUGCAGCUUUACUUACAGGAAUAAACAUGCCUGACCAUACAGUCCAAUUUAAAACCCUCAAAAAAGAAAUUAGACGUUCAAUAACACCACAUGUAGUUACUUUAAGUGGUGAGGAUUGUCAAACUUUAAAAUAUCUCGUUGAAAUCUUGGUUAAUCAAUUAAUUAAAAGUGAUAAUGAACUAACAGAUGAGGAUUCUGACUCAGACAUGCGUCAGAUUAAAAAAUCUCAAUGUAGUUUUACGCUUCUACAAUCCUGGUAUAAGGAACUUUACGAAUCUUCAAAAAUUGAUGAAUCACCAAAGAAGGAAAAAACCAAAUACAAUAAAAAUGUAAUCGUGGUUAUAAUCCCCGAUUUUGAGAAUUUCUCCCCUAAAGUGUUACAAGAUUUUAUCCUUAUCGCUAGUUCGUAUAUCAACGUUUUGCCAUUCGUGUUUGUUUUUGGAGUCGCGACUUCCCUCAAUGCAGUUCAUAGGUCACUUCCGUGUCACGUAUCAUCUCGAAUUAAUAUACAAGUUUUUCAUUCAACCCCAUCUACAGUUUAUUUAAACAACGUAUUGGAAAAUAUCUUAUUUUCGCGGCACUGUCCCUUUCAUUUAGGCGGAAAGGUUUUUAAUUUGUUUACAGACAUUUUUUUGUUUUAYGAUCUCUCAGUAAGUGGAUUUAUCCAGAAUUUUAAGUACGCCAUGCUGGAGCAUUUUAGUUACGGCAAUGUUAUGGCCCUCUGUCAGAGGAGACACGUCAAACAAAUUAUCUCCGAUUUUUCACACGAUGAUCUCGAAAACGUUCGUCGACUCAUGUCUUUCCGAAAACUGGUCGAAAGUGAACCCGCGGAAGACCGAAUCGCUUUAUUAACUGAUGAUACUUAUUUCAGAAAUGUUUUGUUGAAAGAAGUGAGGAAAAUUAUGUCGUAUUUGCCGAAUUUGCAUUUGUUUUUGAAAUGCUUACACGUGCUUGUGUUUGAUUUACCCAAARCGCCUCUUGGUAAACAGGUUCGUGAACUGUAUGCUUGUGCCGUUUCACGAAAUAUUACUAAAAGUCAAGAAUAUAAGGAGUGUUUUCAAUUAUUAGCGUUUCAAUCGAGAGACGAGUUGUGUAAUAAAGUGAAAAGAAUUAGAGAUUUCAUUAUUAAUAACAUCGAUGAGGUUUUGGAUAAGGAAGUAGAGCACAUUAUCGUGGAUAAACUUAAUCACUAUUUAGAUAACUUAAAGAAUCUUGAUCAGGAAGAGAAUGAAGAUGAAGUGGCCCAAAAUGAUGGCAUAAGUGAACUAAUGGGAAGAUUACAACUUAAAGAGAAAUUGCUUCAAAUGUCGAAACAAAACAAACCUAUGAACAAAUACGAGAAAAUCCGUUCAAAUUUACUCAAUUUUUUAUCGGAACAAUUCGAAAUAUAUUUGCAAGAACCGACUAAUUUUCACUUUCACGAAAUUUUCUUUUUUAACGACAUUUCAAUCCAAAAUCAUAUCAUAGGUUCUCACAGGGCGGCAAUUCACACAGCUCUAAAUGAUCCUCAUAUUUAUUUACAGUGUCCUUGUUGCGAAAUUGCCAACGAUUCUGUGAUACUUUCAUCAAUGCCUGACGUCAGUAUCAUCUACAAACUCCACUUAGAGUGUGGAAAAAUGAUUAAUUUGUACGAUUGGCUCCAGUCUUUCCUUAGUAUAGUUGACCCACAAGACAUCGAUGAUGACUCAAGCCCGAAAGUCAGUCCUGAAUUCCAAGCCCGUUUUACCCAGGCAAUAGCCGAAUUGGAGUAUUUGGGAUUCAUCAAGAGUUCCAAGAGGAAAACUGAUCAUGUCGCCAGACUCACUUGGGGUGGUUAACUAUUUUUUCUACUUCCAAUAAUUAAAAUCUCAUGAAAUAGAAUUCAAUUUCAUAUUUGUACGAUCUGUUAAAUUUUUAUACAAAUAAAUUCAGAAUUAAUUCAUAACAAAAUUUACGUUUUUUUUUGUUUAGCAUAUUUCUGAUUUUGUGUUCAUAAAUUGAUCUUUUACAAAUUCAAUACAAAAAACGUUUAAAAACUAAAAUUAAAAAGCUUGGAAACUCCAAAUGACUCUGUGUUCAAUUCAAAAAUCUAUUUGAGACUACAAGUGAACACUCAUGGAAUUUUUACUUUACCUUCGUUGAUUUAAAGUUGUGUUUACAAAAUUAGUGGUUUUCUUAGGUACUUAUUACUAUUUUAUAUUUUUUUUAGGCUUUCUGUCAAAUAAAACCAGAUAAUAAGGAUGA